UUUUGCCAGUCAGCCUGAUUAUAGCCCACUUUCUAAACCGGGAGAGAGGGGGCUGGUGUCUGUUUCUAUGGCUUUAGGACAAAUUUCAAUUAAAUCGAAUGUUUUCUAAUUCUAUAUUAUAUUGCGGUGUGAUUAUGUAGGAAAAUGGAGGAGCCAUGGGAUUUCGAAUUUGUGUCACGAAUUAUGGACGGCCUGGUGUCUUUCCUGUCUGAAUUUGUGGAAGACUGGCUAGCCAAUGAUAUGAGGGUGGCCAUAUUUAAAAUCCUGUUCAGCUGGCUCGUCUUCAGUCUUAUUGCCAUUCACUUUGCGUGGAAAGUAUAUGGAAACACAGUCAACGACAUGUACUACAGGCAAGGUACUGGUGGACAGAAUGGUGGUACCCCAGACACAGCUCCACACCUCAGUGGCUGGGAGAGUGCUGCAGGGGAAGCCUUCAAGACGCAUCGGGAGUAACGAGGACAUGCCUACUGCUGGUCCUGGCUGAUCUUACUGCAGUGUUGUGGCUCUCUAACCAAGCAGAUGUGAGGGAUUCCUGCCAAUCCUUGCCAGAGUCAGGGCACUGCGUUCAUGUGGAAAUUCUGGAGCAGCUGGGCUGGGGCUGAAUCAAAUGCCAGUCAAGGAGGAAAACUCAUCAUUAACCACACAGGAAAAAAAAGAAGAAAAAAAAACAUUUUCACAAAUCAAAACCAUUAGGAAAUGUAUCAUGUCAUCCUCAACAUGUGGAUGAGGUUUUCUUAUGGUCCCAUUUUAUGCAUUUCCCCCACCUCUUGUGAGAUCCAGUCCUACCUGUGUAUACUACUAGUAGCAGUGGAUUUGGUGGGCCAGCUGUCACAAAGAGCAGCUGGCCCUUUUCCAGUGUUUGAUAGAUUUAGAACAUGUUUUUUCUGUCAUAAUGCAGUGGCAGAACUCCGUUCACUGGCUUUCUGUCUAGCUGACUGGUCUUGGUCAGCCGCACAGUGUAGAUCUCAGCAGCAUGCUGUGGAAGGGGAAGAUCUCUGCCUCCUCCAUAUGACUCAAGAAGGAUGAUAUCUGGAAUAAGGUUUUACACUUAGGUGAUUCCUACACCACUUGUAUGUAUUUACUGACAGCACUCCUGUUCCCUUCACUCAUUUGCCUGACUGUUGCCUCAGUCAUCAUCAGUGUUGUUUCUGCCUGGGACACUCGUAGGCUGCUGUUCAGUGUAUAAGGCUGGAUAAAAGUAGCAGGCCUGGCUAGUAAACCCAGCUAAUCUGCCUGAGGCAGUCAGAAACCAACAUUCUGCGCUUGUUUUAAGAAAGGUGCUAGGGGUUGAUAGUGGGUUGGUUUUAAACAUGACCUGGAGGGGGAGCAAUGCGAGGAUCAGGGAAAUGCUGGGUUUCUGUUUGUGUACUGUGAAAUCCUGGCUUCAUUGUCCUGCAGUCCCAAAUCUGGCUCUACAUCCCACUCAACUAGCAGACCUUCUAGGAAGCAUGGAGAAUUGACAGUAAGUAAUUGGAAGAUUGUGAUUGAGAACCUAUAGUUGCUAACAUCAUAUCACGUGUUUGCUGUAAAACAAUAAAAGCCUGUCAGACCCA